UUUAAAUAUUAUUUAUAUUAAUAUAAACGGGUCGUAAGAAUAGUAUAUUGUUAAAAUAAAAUUUAAAGAAAAGAAAUUUAAAGUACAAACUCGCCCGUUACAAGUUUGGACGGCUCUAAAUUGUUAAUUAUUUCAUUUAACGUCGGUCUACCUAUAAACCAUACGCGACCGAUUUCCGUUUAGGAGUCGAGUGUGCCGACUGAGGAGCCUUCUAUUUCCCGUCCUUCGCACAAUCGGCGCGUUGAAAUUUCAUCACGUUCUUAUCGAUGUCGAACACGAUCCUCGUGUUCCACUGCUGCAACGCCCCGAUUAUGGUCCUUCCGCCUCUCGCCACCGCCGUGCACGCCACGCUCCCGUCGGAGACGUGCGUGUAGUCCACCACCAUGUCCGCCGCUGCCCCCUCGAAGUGGAACGUCAUCGUCGGAAAAUUCUUAAACCCUGGAGUCAUCUGAUAGCAAGGCUCCAUAUCGAAGUGCGAUUCCGAAAGUUUCUUCAGUUUCCCUUUGAAAUAGUUCGCGAAUGCUUUGCUAACCUUGUCGUAGGCCGCCUUCGCCAGGACGGUGUACCUCAUCCCGGUAUCCAUGAAAACGCCGCCGUUUUUGAGGGAAAACAGGGUCGGCGACAAGCCUAUCCUUUUCCCAGCGACGCUAAUGUCCGUCAGGUUCAAUAGGAGGGUUGAGAAAUCCGUGUGCACAAGCGGCGUGGUUUUCACGUGUUUUGCGUCGGAAAUUUGGGCGUCUUUUCCUAGGGUUAGGAAGCUCGGCCCAUUGUGCAGGCAGUAAGAGAAUUGGCCUCCGAUUUGGUCGCGCACCUGUGCCAAUAGAGAAACCGGCGUCCUGUCCAGCCCCAAAAUUCCGGAGAAACUAAGGGGCUGUUUGGUCGAGCAGCCGAAUGCGAUUCCCGGAAAUGGGGUCUUGGAUUGAGGCAAGUGAAACGUGUCCAACGAGUAUGCCAGCUUGUAUUUCAUGCCGCUCGAUCCGUACGGAAUGGUGCAAACACACUGAUUUUUGACGCAUUUGCAGAUUUUUUUCGCACACAGCCGGUGGUUGCACGGGAGGGGCUUGUAGGUUUUGGAGGUCGAGGGAUUGUACGUGUUUGAUUUAGGGUCGCAUUGUGUCCAGACAAAGGCACUUCCCGUAUCGAACAGCAAGUUUACCUCUUUGCUUGGUGUGCCGAUUCUGAGGUUCACAGAGUAACGGAAAGAAUGGCUGUGCACUGGAAUUUGUAGUUUAGUUUGGUCGGGUUUUGUGUUUGGAGAGUACAGAGAAAGGGUUUGCAAAUGGUUUGAGAAUCGGAUGGCUCUUUGAUGUUUCUGGAGUGUCGUGAGAUUUCCAGGGUACAAUGGCGACUCGGGAGAGUCCCAUGGGAUGAGCUUCAAUUUGAGCCCAUCAGCUGCUGGUGGUGUGUUGCAAUGGAAGAAUGCCAGAAGGAGAUGGACAAGAUGAACCUCUUAUUAAGUUGUUGCAUGGCUCCCAUUAUCGAGAUAUCGCUCGGUUCACAAACAAAUCACUCGUCACGUAAUCGGCUCCUUGAAGAUGAAAAGUCAUGCUGGCAUAGCUCCUCAUACUUGAAUUGUGCUUGUAACAGAGGUCCCACUCCCGCAUUUGCACCCGUUUUAACCUAUUGGCAUAGUAAUCCACAAAAGCUUUUAUCACCUUGUCAUAAGCUUGUCUCUUGA